CAGAUUUCUCAUUUUUUUUGUAAUGCACUAGAAAAAUGUUUGUUUUUGUUUCUGCAACUUUUGUAUCUAACCUCAAUUAUUGAUGCUAAACUAAUCUCAGAAUUGACUAAAACUUAAAUAAAUACUAAUUCUGUUUAAAUUGUUUAUAAUUUUUAUAAACUUGCAAGUUUACAAGUAAGACCUGCCAGUUUUCACAGAAAAUGGUUAAGACAAAAAAAGGAGUAUCAGCAGCUAGUCUCUCGCAUCCCAACUCCCGCAAAGUUCAACAGCUGACUAAACAAGUAAAAAAAGAUGCUGCUAGGAAGAAGGCAAAAAUGCUUCAUCAAAUGAAGUUAAAUCUAGUGGGUGAAAAAUUCCUGUGGUUUCGAGACAACCUGCCCCAAGAUAAAGCAUUGGACCAUGAUGUUAUUGCAAGUGUAAUUACACAAUAUAUAAGAAGAUUUGACGAAGAAUUAGAGCAAAUCGCAUUGAAACAUUCAAUUGGUGGUCAACGUAAAAAUAGACAACAUGCUAGCAGGGAGGAUGUUAUAAAACUGACUAAAUUACAGGAAGAAAAGGAGUUUGAGACAGCUGGGAUAGAACUUCCCAAUCUUCUUGAGCCAUCCCAAGUUGAAAUGCUUCGCAAGUGGAAUGGUGAGCUAAGAUUCUUACAAAAUUUCAAACUGAGGAGAUUUUCUCAACAGUUUCUGAAGAAAGGAAGUGCUAAAAGCAGACCUGCAAGUCCUGUUGAAACAAGAGAGAGUAACAACACUAUUAAAACUAGUCAAUCCCAUAAUAAGGACAAUAAAACCAUUAGUGAUUCAGUUGAAAGUAUGGAGACAGAUGUAGGUGAAAAUAAAUAGUUUUGUGUUGA